AUGUCGGUUUCCAAUAAAGAGACAAUGAUUAUCACCGGCGAUGACGAGUGUAAACCCAUUGUCGGCACAGUUAGCCGAGGGUCACCGCCGAUGGAUAGGAAACCCCUGUCCGCAGCCAUCGCCGCAACCAUCACUUCGCCGACAAAAGACGGAUCCGCCGCCGGUCUGGCCUUCAGUAUCGAUAAUAUAAUGCAAAGUGUGGCCAAUAAUAGCGACUCGGAUGCCGUCAUCACAUCCACUCAUCAGUCGGUCAAAGACAAAGACAGGCAGUUCCAACAGAACAACAACUCAAUCAACGCUAUGCUCUACGAGCGGGUUAUGCGUAACCUAUUGAGCACAUCCCUGUCCACCGGCGGCGGUGCCAUCGCUGGUGUGCCCGACAUAGACUCACUGCGGCUGUGCUCAGCACUCAUGGCGCCCGACUAUCACUUGCUGCAAGAUCUGGCAAAUUGUGGUCAACAGCAACAGCACCCGGCCGUCGGCCCUCCGAUUAACUGUCAAUCCCUGCCUCCGGGUCCGCAAAUGCUCAACCAUUUCAUCCGGUCGUACGGCGCGGAAGCGUUGAAAGAGCGGUUUGGUUCACUGUCCGGUGCCGUCGCCGCCGGUGGUCACCACAGGCUGCCGGCCAUUAUCGCACCCGACGCUCACCACUUGUUUAAUCAUAUCGCGCGACCCAAACCCAUGGUUCAUAUGACUGCACCGGCGCAGCACAGCCUAAACCCUCCACCAGUUGUUGAGCACAACCACCGACAGUAUCUGCACAAUCAGGCCAUCAGAUCUAUGGCGGCCGCCGCUGCGGCCGUCGGCGACCCGUCUGUCACCGCAUCUGUCAGAACAUCGCCGCCAACAAUAACACCGCCGAUGAAUGCCGGCGCCAAUCAGCUACUGGUGCCGCAACCGGCGAUACCUCUAACCACCGCUAUUCAUAGACCUAAACGAGUCCACGACAGCGCCGGUGGAGGCAACCGAUGCGCCGCCGCCCCAUCAACAGUGGCCAACCAUCAGGGUAUUAACAAACAUACCGGGGCUGCGACUGCGGCUACCGCUAGUAAUUCAGCCGGGUCAAAAGCCAAAUGUUUCACGUGCACCGAGUGCGGCAAAGUGUUCAACGCCCACUACAACCUGACCCGACACAUGCCGGUGCACACCGGCGCCCGACCCUUCAUCUGCAAGGUGUGCGGUAAGGGCUUCCGUCAGGCGUCCACACUGUGCCGGCACAAGAUUAUACACACACAGGAAAAGCCCCAUAAGUGCCAGUUUUGCGGUAAGGCCUUCAACCGGAGCUCAACACUAAACACACACAUCCGUAUCCACGCCGGGUAUAAGCCCUAUAAAUGCGAGUUUUGUGGCAAAGGUUUCCACCAAAAGGGCAAUUAUAAGAAUCACAAGUUAACGCAUUCGGGCGAAAAGGCCUAUAAGUGCGAGAUAUGCGGUAAGGCCUUUCACCAGGUCUAUAAUCUCACCUUUCAUUUGCACACCCACAACGACAAGAAGCCCUACCAGUGUAUGACAUGUGGCAAAGGUUUUUGCCGUAACUUUGAUCUCAAAAAGCAUAUCCGAAAACUACACGACGGGGUCGACAAACACAGCAAAGCGGCGGCCAAACAGCGCACAGACAGCCCACCCGGUGCUCACAACUCGAGACCAGCGCCGGGCGACGGGACCGGCAAACUGACCCGUUAUCUGUCCGGACAGGUAAGGCCUAAACUAGGCUUUGGUGGAGGAGUUAUGGGCACACCGUUUGCCGGGGGCGGGCAGGAGGUGGUGGUGUCGCCCACCAGUGCCGCCGCCUCUAUGUAUCACUCGAUCGGACAACUCUUAUAG